GUGAGUGAGUGAGUGAGUGAGUGAAUGAGUGUGUAGUCCCGUGAAUGAUGCUGCUGGUUAUAUCUGAAGAACAUAAAGAACAUCUGUCGUUUCUGCUAAAUGUCGACACUGCAGUUGUUGCAGAGUUUGGUCGAAUAGCAUUAGAGUUCCUGAGGAGAGGAAGCAGCCCCAAGAUCUAUGAGGGAGCAGCAAGGAAGCUGUGUGUCCCUGUGGAUCUGGUGCAGCAUGGAGUGGAAGGUCUGAUGUUCCUGAUGACGGAGAGCUCCAAACACAUGAUCUCUGAAGUGGAUUUCCUGGACUCAGUGUUAGCUUUGGGGUUUGGUGACGAGCUCAACCAGAUCCUCUUACAGCUCUACCUGCAGCACCACAGUGAGAUCCGCAGCAUCCUGAGUCAGCUGCCAUCUACUCUGCCUGCCUACCACAACCUGGAGUGGAGACUGGACGUACAGUUGGCGAGUCGCUCCAUCCGUCAGCAGGUGGCUCCCACACUGAUGAUGCGUUUGCUCCUAAAACGAGGCACAGGUGAAAUCACCAGCAGCAGCAGCAGCAGCAGCGUGGUCCUGCAGACCGACCCCAGUACUCUGCUGCACCUCAUCUCCACACUGGAGGCGGCCCUGGCCGCCAUGAAGACCAGUCACUCUCGGCGCAUAUUACGCAACAUCAAAUAACCUGCACUGGUCAUUUUCCUGUUUGCCUCCCAUCAUCUAGACAAACACAACAUUCCCGCCUUUAAACCUGGAUCUGCACUGCCCGCCCCCAAAACAAGCACAUACUCUAGUAUUUGGCUCAUGGUGCGUUCCAGUUGUAGUCGGAAGUCGGAACUUCCUUCAACUAGGACCCCCCCAACCCACUAACCCUUUUUAUCGUUAACAGCGCAAAAUAUUGGCUAAAUCAAGAUUUGUUUGUGCUCAUGAUUUUAUCCAACGUUUCAAGUAGGAAUGCGGUCAACAUGGAAGAGAUGUCACUGCUAGUUCUGACUUCCAAUGUAAAUGGAAUGUACCAGUAGUAGUGCUUGCUGUACUUGCCUGUAGGGGGCAGUGUUAUGAUCUGGGGUUGCUUCAGUUGGUCAGGUCUAGGUUCAGCGACACUGCUGAAAAAAUGAGGUCAGCCAACCUUAAAAUACUGAAGGCCUUUGUUUUUCAUGCAUAUUCUAAGACGACAGUGCCAGAAUACAUCCGGCUCCAGACCUUAAUCCCGAUGAUAGUCUUUGGGAUCCACUAUGGUCCAACUACAUCAUAAAUACAAGAUUUAUUUGUGCCUUUUUUGGGGGAGUGUAACCUUUUUACUCGACAGACUGGCAAGUGCUCAUUGUUUUGUAACCUUUGGGAAAAAGAAAAAAUGGGCCAAAUAGUAUUGAGUGUAUUGUACAUAAUGUUUCUACAGUGUUUGAAUUAAAGUGCGAUAGAGAGAAA